CACUCGUGGUGGUUUCGCGCGCGCAUCCCCCGCCAAAGGUGCGACUACUUUUCGAGGAAAGGGAAAGAGAUUCCGUCCCCGGUAAAAUUCCGCCACGCUUUCGUCCCCUUUUCGCGGCGACAACAGAUCUCGCCACGUACAUUGUGUAACGCGUACUCACUUUCACACACGGAUUGUCUAUCGUACGUGAUAUGAUCGUCCGACGAAAGAAACGACCGAUCAUCGCGAGCGGACGUCGCGAAAGAACGCGUUCCGGCACUAUGUGAAGAAGAUGGAAAAGUUCGGUGACACGGUUACCUCGAACGAUCCACGAGGAAUGCACAAACACGACUGAAUAGCGCGAGUCCCGUCGAAGGUUGUCGGCCGUGUCGAAGCAAAAACACUCAGCGGAUAUACCGGAGCCUCGCAUACCUUCGUUUUGUAAACAGUAAUCACGACUCGUCUAGCUGCUCCCGCUCUUUCUUCUUCGUGUCGUUCCCUGAGGCGUCAUUGUGUUGUUGUUCGUCAAACCGAGUGGAUAAUAUUACAAAGACGAAACUGUGCCGUGCUUCCACACGCGUAUAUAACCUCACUGUGCGUGUCGCGUUACUCGAAUAAGUGCACGGUUGAAUGGAAGCGGGUACAACGUCUAUCGGACAAGAUCACUUCGUUUCUGAAUAUUCAACGACACAUCACGGCGUCGUAACAAGCGGGAUCUUCCAGGGAAAACUUUGGAGUCGCGUAAUCGCGUUAUACUCGAGCCGUUGUUUCGCGACGUCGACGCGCGGUGGUUGAUCGCUUGAACAUGGCGCUGAAAGCGCGAAAUUCCACGUAUCGAUUCCUAGAUCUACGAUAAACGUCGCGCGAGGGAGUUGAAGUGCGCGGAUAUUACAGUGAACGAUCUCGAAUCGAUUCAGAAAUAAUAGUUUCUUUCCUCGUCUUCUAGGACAGGCGAUAUUUCUUUCGGUUUCAGUCCGCGAGCGUAAUUACAGCGAGUGUCGUCGGAGAAAAAUUACCUCGUCUUAGAAAAGUGUCGCAUGAACUCCGCCCCGCUCGAAUGUCGCGCGUGUUCACUGUGAAGUAGCGUCUCGUUCCGCUCGUAGUUCACGCGAGUAAACGUCGCGUCGGUGAACCGUGAAAGUGCGUGAACAGGAUAAAACGGCAAACAAGCCUCUCGAGGGUGAUCUGAUCAACGAAGUGAUAAGAGGUGUUUUUAAGAGGAAAAGAAGAGAUCGCGUUGAGUGCACGGAUCGAGUUCUUCUCGCAAUCGCUUGAUUUCGUGCCAUUGUCUAUCUUCUCUACGCAGUGUUUCACGCCACGCCUGGUGUACACGAACAAAGGAAACACGAUCUUCUUAAAGGAAAUUCCAUGGAAUAGCAACGCAACGAUGAGCAGUAUGAAGUUUUUUCCCAUCGUUCUGGCACUCCUAGGAGGCACCCAUAUCCUCCACGCGCAACCCUCAGCAUCCCCAACGGCGAAAAGCACCGGUGGAUCGAGCUUGGCAGGCGUUGUGGCCGGAAGUAAAUCAACGAAACCCUUGAAUAAACCAGAAUUCGACGACAUCGCAGCUCGAAAUAUCACCGCCAUCGUUGGUCAAACAGCAGAAUUGAACUGCUUCGUGAAGCAUCCUGGAGACAGGGUGGUAUCCUGGAUACGUAAAAGGGAUUUACAUAUACUCACCUCGUCGAUUUACGCGUACACGGGAGACGAAAGAUUUUCCGUGAAACAUCCGGAAGCAUCCGAUGAAUGGACGUUGAAGAUCGAUUACGUCCAGCAACGCGAUGCCGGGGUUUACGAAUGCCAGGUCAACACCGAGCCCAAAAUGAAUUUAGCCUUCGUGUUGAGAGUCGAAGAACGUGCCCCUGUCCCUGCCACCACCACACCGAACGCCAUUCACCGGACGUUCAACUCAGCCGCUCAGGCGAAAAUCCUGGGUCCGGAAGACGUUUACGUGAAGAAGGGUAGCACGAUAAGCCUCACGUGCACCGUUAAUGUGCAAAGUACACCGCCCAGCAGCGUUUCGUGGCAUCACGGAGGAGCUGUGGUGGAUUUCGACAGUCCCAGCGUUCACCGCAGGGGCGGUGUUUCCUUGGAGACCGAGAAGACGGAAAGCGGCACGACCAGCAGACUUCUGGUGACACAGGCCAGAUUGACCGACAGCGGAAAUUACACCUGCAUUCCCAGCAACGCGAAUCCAGCCAGCGUGAUGGUCCACGUGCUGAAUGGCGAGCAUCCAGCGGCCAUGCAGCACGGCGGAAGUUGCGGCGUGACACCCACCAUUCUGCUCGCGACCUUCACCCUCUUGAUCGCGAACCUGCUGAGGUGAGCAGCCUCGUGAAUCGUGUCGGCUUCGUAACAACCAAGUUAAACUCGUUUCGCGAAAUGGGAUGGUUGAAAGUGUGGCUGGAAAAUGGGACGCCUCGGUUCCCUUUUUGCCAUCGGAACCACGAGACCCGGAUGUUACAGUGAAAGAAUAUGAGUGACCAGAGUUGACCGAGUUCUCGUCGACGUUAUAGAAAGAAUGGAUCGAGGAUGAACAGAGUGCAGUGGAUCGAGUGAUGGAACCAGUGACGUGGAAGUGGAUGAUCUUUUCUCACGUACGUUUUUACCGACAAUUUAACCCCUCUAAACUAUUAUUCCUAUUUCUCUAGCAAGCUUCACUCUGUGACACGUGCAUCGAGUGUGAAUAGUUCGCGAGUAAUCCACAGUGUGAAACGUUCGCUUUGGUGAAUCCUGUGAAUAUUGAACCUUCCCUGUGAAUAAUCAAAAACCUGUCAGUUUAAUCGUUGAACGAGCGUACCUCGGCGUGGAAAAAUUUUCCCGUAACCGAGAGGCGUAGAACCGAUAAUUACCGUCGAAUCGUAUCGCCGUAGAUAGCGUAAGUUUUUCUGUAUAUAAAGAAAGGGACAGACGUGAAAAUGAAUAGGGUUUUGUCGCGACCUCGUUUGUACAGUACAAUACGUCUGGGAAGAACGAAAUGUGGGAUCUGGGCAGCGUUUGUAUAUACAGAAAUUUUUCAAUUUUAUUUAACCAUUUCGCUAUUUUAAUAUUCGAUUGAAAAAUGAUAAAAUUAUAGAGUGAAACUCGUGCAUAGUGGGAUUAUUAUGGAUUCUUUAAUUAUUUUCUGUUACUUGAUUAAAUUACUCUCCAAUUAAUGACGAAAGGGUUAACGAUUCAUAACGAGAAAUUAUCUCAAUAAAUAUAGAUUUGUGGGAAUCGACUAGUUGAAAGUUUGCCCAGGUCUGACUAAUUACCCUCGAUUCUCCUCGAAACGUCUGUAAUUUCAUCGACGAACGUAUGUUGUUCUUCCUCGUUUGAAGAAUGUUUCUGUUUCUCGAGAAUUGCUCACGAUUAUCUGCUCAGUCUGUUUCAGGGAACGCAAUUGUUUCAUUCGUGCCUGGUUUUUCAUUUUCCAGACGUUUCGCAAUCAUUCGUAUCCAUCGAUGGUUCAACGAUGAUCGUCUAAUCAAAAUGCAAUCACAUUGAAUAUAAAUUUUAAGACUCACGAGAUACGCGAUUGUUGUAGGGUUCGUGUAUAGUUAAGUGUACCGGGGGACGAUGUGAAUGUACAUUUCUAUAAGAUAUGGAUAAGAGUAUCGUUAACAGGAUGUGGCAUUCCGUUACUGUGUGUAAAUGCUGCUAAUUAUCCGAAAAUUCUAAAACGAGAAAAGAGAAACAUUUGCGACGCAACGUAAAUGAAUACAGUAAAUCUCGUUGUUUCACGUGUUUCUUUUCGAUUCCCUAGAGUUACGAAGAGUUUUGCAUCGAAGUCAUUCUAAACGACGAAUCGAACGAACGUUUAUCGAGACGGUGCUAUAAUUCGUUAAGUUCUUUCAUAGUCAAUCAAACGAAGCUUGUUUCUUUCGCGAAUCAACCUUCUUAGAUCAUCGUCGCGAGAUGAUUCACGAUUUAUGGACAGUAGUAGUUGAUUAGAGAAAUUUACUACUAAUGUAACGAGUAAACGAAUAUCAUAACAAAAUUAGACAAUUAAGGCGCGACACAUACCUUUAGGUCUAAAUAUACAUAUAGAUUUUUUAUAAUGUUGUACCACGAGGAGAAACUUAGGUUCUACGGUGUAAAACAGACUGCCAGAACGCAUUCACGGUGUUGAAAAAGAACAUUGCAAUUGGUAAGAAUGAAUUUCGAAUAUAGACGAAAAUGAUAUACAUAUAUAUAUAUAUAUAUAUAUAUAUAUACAUUAUUCCUUCUUGUAUAGUUUAUACGGUAAUUUAUGUCGUUGUGAGAGGACAAUAUUUUAAAGUUGACGCGUGAGGACAAACGUUAAAGUGAACGAUUUUAGGCAGAAUUAAUGAGAACGACGGUGAAUGAUUAUGAUCGUGUGUGAUAAUUUCAAGAAUCUGACGUUCCUGGAUGAACGUUAAACGAUUUUCACGAUGUUGGAAACAAGAGAACGAUCGUCGGUGAAGUUUCAUUCGAUUUUUCACGGUAGACACUUUUUCCUCGAUCCCUCGAGUCUCGUUCCAUUUCCAAUGAUACCGUUCAUCUGAUAUGGUCACGGUUUCGCGUGAAACAAGAACGUGGGUGAGAGAAUAGACGAAGAUAAAGAAAAGAAAAGAAAGAGAGAAUAAGAAUAUCGAGAGAACGUUGUUGUUCGACGACUAAUCAAUAAACGCGGCCCCCCGCAUAAUUAUGGAAUGUUGCACAGAUUUAUAGUUAAGCCUAGGUCGCAUUGUACAAACAGUUCAUAACCGAUAAUGUACCACGUUAUAGAGGGACGUCAGUAUGAAUCAAAGAGACGGAAGUAAAAGAAAGGAGAGAAAGAGAAAGGAGCGACAAACGAGUACAGACUAUUAUACUGUAAAGAUAUUCAUCGACGUGAAUACUGUUUCAAUAAAUGUAAUGAUGAUACAAAA